AUGUGUUCUUAUGUAUUAAUUCAGGAUAAAACUAAUAAUAUUGAAGUUGUUUCUAGUUUAAAAAAUCUUUUAAACAAUCCAACUGAGAUACCUUUUCUCACACUAGAAAAUAAGAUUGAACUUGUUUCUACUCUCAUUUCUGACCUUGAUGAAAAUGGUGUUCAGAAAAGUUGGAGCCAGGAGGUGAAAUUGCUGGCAUUACAAACAUUAAAAACUCUGGGACGAGAUGCGAAAGGAUGCGACCUUCUAUUUUCAAGAGAAGGAUUUCGAGUCUUAUCGUUUCACGCGGAAAUAAUACCAACCAAAAAUAAAUUAGAAGAUACGCCUGUGUUUCAAGAAGCAUUAACAUGCAUUGCGAACGCGCUUUUAUUGAAAGAAAACACGCGUUCUAUAUUUGAAGAAUAUGAUGGAGUGGCAAGUAUUUGUCGAAACUUGAAGGAUAAAGAGCUUUCAAUUAAAACUCAAUUUCUUAUCUUACGAAUUUUAUUCUUAAUGAGCGUUAAUUAUUCACCAGUAAUUCCUAAACUUAUUGACGAUCUUGGAAUAAGCAAUAUUUUGUAUAAAUCUUUACGAACACAUGUCAAAGAAUUAUCUAACCCGGAACCGGUCAUACCAUCAUCACCGUCAAUUACUCGAGUCAUGGUCUUGAAUGAACAGUUAAAAUUUCUUUUUAACAUAACGAUGAAACGUGAUGGAAAGGAUAGAAAGGAUGCAAUUAAUUUUAAAUUUGAAAAAUUACUCCAACCAAUCAUCGAUAUUAUUUUAAAUAUACAACCACCAUCACCAUUACCUUUAAGUCCACCGCAUUCACAUGCGAUUCAUGCACUUUUAAACUUUCCAGUAACACCAUAUAAAUCAAUUUGGUUUCCGCCAAAGAAAAAAAGUCAACAAUAUGAAUUGUUUCAUAGAUUGAUAGAAAUGUUAAAAUCUAUGGUUUUUAUAGCAGUCCAAGAUGAUCCCGAUUCUAGCAGCGUUGAAAAUAAUUCAAAAUAUGGAGUUGAUUUUGAUGAAGUUAUUACACCACUUGUUGCAUUAUUGAGAAAGUUGGCCGAAGAUGAUGAAUUGGCUAAAACUAUAGGGAGAAAUCAAUUAUUGCCUGAUGAUGUAGAUCGAUCCAAACCUUUAGAAAAAGGAGAUAGUAUUUCUGCAAAUUUAAUUCGUAUAAUGACAUCCGUCAUGUUACCACAUUUAAGAGAUAGUGUCAGCGAAUUAUUAUUUGUAUUAUGUGAUCAAGAUGCCAAUCUUUUUAUUCAUCAUGUUGGUUAUGGUAAUGGUGCAGGAUUCUUAAUGAGUAGGAACAUAAUGAUCCAACCAUCAAUACAUAAUGACCAUUCUGAAAAACCAAUUAAUCCUAUCACGGGUCAAUAUGUGGAAAAUGAAUCUCCUUCAUUAACAAACAUGACUGAUGAAGAAAAAGAGAGAGAGGCUGAAAAAUUAUUUGUGUUAUUUGAAAGGCUCAAAAAAACAGGUGUCAUGGAUGUUAAAAAUCCUAUAGAAGAAAGUAUAAAAUCUGGUAAAUUUUUUGAGAUGGAAAAUGAUGAUAAGGAUCAAGAAAGUGAUUAG